GUAUUCCAAACAAAUCAUCAGUUAACUUGCACAUCCUCAAGUGUUCAGUACAAAUCGUUUCAUUUUAUUGAAAAAAAGUAAAACAACAAAAAACCCAACCAAAAUGUUCAAAUUGUUUGCUCUUGCUUGUGUCUUGGCCGUUGCCAACGCUGCCCCAGGAGUUAUUUUGUCGCAUCCAGCUGUGGUUGCAUCACCAGUUGUUACGCAUGCUGUGCACGCUCAUCCAGUUGCUGUCAGCCAUUCAUCAUCACAUGUUGUGCACACUGCUCCAAUUACCAAAGUUGUACACACUCCAAUCGUUCAUGCCCCAAUCGUUAGCCACGUCCCACUUGUUAAGACCGUUCAUCAUGCUCCAAUUGUCCAUGCCCCAGUUGUUCAUGCUGUCCACCAUUCUCCAAUUGUACAUGCAUCUCCAGUCCUUGUGCAUUAAAACUACCGAACAUAUAGGAGUAUAAAAAUGCUGUGAAAAAAUUGACGACAACAAAAAAAUCAAACAGAACAUUUAAAUUAUUUUUUCGGAAUUCCGCUUUUGACCCCAUCUUUUGUUACCAGUUUUCAAUUUUCUUUGUUAAAAAAAAAAAAACAAUAAA